AUGGACGACCUGCGGCGCCUCGAGCGCAAGCUCUACAUGGCGUCGCAGCGCAUCGUCAUCCUCGAGCGCGAGAGCGGCCAGCGCGAGGCCCUCGAGGCGCGCACGACGCGGGACCGGCGCGUCAUGAUGCGCCUCGAGCGCUCCGUCUUCGGCGUCUACGCGAAGAUCCUCGCGGCGCUGCUCCAGUUCGAGGACAAGCUCGCGCGCGAGAAGGGCGCGACGACGGCCGAGCCCGCCGUGCUCUACGGCGCGGGCCAGCUCGAGUACGCGCGCAAGGCCGGCGACGCGCUGCGCGCGAUGCUCGCGGCCGUCGCGGACCCGGACGGGUCGCCCGCCGCGGGCCGCGGCGACGAGCCGGGCCGCUACGUCUCCGACGAGGGCGUCAAGGCCUACCAGGCCGUCGGCGCGAAUCUCGUGGCCCGCGUCGACAGCGCCAUGUCCGGCGAGAUGCGCCACGAGCUCGCGCGCAUCGCGUCCAAGGGCGACGCGCCGCACGAGAGCGAGCUCGAGGCGCGCGUGAAGACGCUCGAGGCGGAGAACAAGCUCCUGCGGCAGAAGCACCAGGUCGCCGAGCUCAAGGGCCUCGAGCUCCGCAAGCGCCUCGACGACGUCAUGGCCGAGCGGUACCGCGACGGCCAGCGGUCCAUCGACGCGGAGAUCGAGAAGCGCGAGUUCCGCGACGCGAUCCUCGAGCUCGUCAUGGACCUGCGCGACGGCAUCGUCAAGCGCCUCGGCUUCAUCCCCGCCUCGACGCAGGCCGAGAUCAACGCCUUCAUCUCGACGCUCGCGGACGCGGAGAAGGCGGACGCGCGCGCGGCCGUCGCCGCGGCCGCGGCGAGCCUCCCCGCGGCGCCGGCCAAGGCGCCGGGCCCGCCGCCGCCGCCGGCGCGCGCGUGA